CAGGUUUUUCUGCUACUCCCUGGAAAAGACACACCAUGGGGAAACAGAACAGCAAGCUGACCCCUGAGGUGCUGGAUGACCUGGUAAAAAACACAGAGUUUAAUGAGCAUGAGCUAAAGCAGUGGUACAAAGGCUUCCUAAAAGACUGCCCCAGCGGCCGCCUCAACCUUGAGGAGUUCCAGCAGCUAUAUGUAAAGUUUUUCCCCUAUGGCGAUGCAUCAAAAUUUGCUCAACAUGCCUUUCGGACCUUCGACAAAAAUGGAGAUGGCACCAUUGACUUCAGGGAGUUUAUCUGUGCACUCUCCAUUACAUCACGUGGUAGCUUCGAACAGAAACUCAAUUGGGCCUUCAACAUGUACGAUCUGGAUGGAGACGGCAAGAUCACACGAGUGGAAAUGCUGGAGAUUAUUGAGGCAAUCUACAAAAUGGUGGGCACUGUGAUUAUGAUGAAGAUGAAUGAGGACGGCCUUACCCCUGAGCAGCGGGUUGACAAAAUCUUCAGCAAGAUGGAUAAGAACAACGAUGACCAGAUCACUUUGGAGGAGUUCAAAGAGGCAGCAAAGAGCGACCCAUCCAUCGUAUUACUGCUGCAGUGUGACCUUCAAAAAUAA